AAUGGAAUCUGAAAAUUCACUUGAAAACUACAAUGGCUCUUCUAUAGGUAAAUUAAGGUUAAGGUGUGUAGAUCUACUUAUAAAUGUAAAUUAUGGGAAUUAAUAAAACCGUCUUGUGUGAAACUAGGUUCAUCAGUAAAUAUUUAAAUAUCCUCCCUAGACUAGGUAUGUGUGUAGAAGUGCAAAUGGCAACUUCGAACAUUCAUAGUUAACCAACUAAAUUUUUUUGUAAGUAACACGAUGUUCGACAAUAUGCAGUUCAAUUAGAAAUGUUUGAUUGUGUUUUAAUACCUCCUGUGAGUAUUUUCAAUAAAUAAUUAAAUUUAUGAUAAUUUUCUUUAGAAUGUUUGUUUAUGGCGAACGGUUUCUUUAGCAUGUACUACAAUCUUAAAAUCUACAUAUCUCCUAAACCAUAAAUUUUAUCGAGUCGAACAAACGACCACGUUUAAAUUCAGUAAACCAAUAACAAGUAGUUAUUUUCAAUAGAGCAGAUUCCGGAUAACACUUUUGAAACCAUUGCUGAGCUUAUACAGUAUUUUUAUAUCAAUAAGAUCGAAAUUGUUUUGAAAAUAACAAAAAUAGCUUCACUUAAAUGACUGUCGCUUUUUUCUGACUCAUCGAAAUGUCAUGAAUAUUGACGCAUAGUCUUUUGAAAGCUGAUACUUCAUAAACGUCAUAUGGCAGCGCCAUCUGUGCGACAGUCACUCGACUUUUGAGUUAUGUUAUAAAAAAAUAUACUUUCGACAUUUGCAACGGAAAAUCAAUUUGAUGAUCAAUGUUUCGAAAAGUAACUUUCAGAUACACGUAAGAAAUAUUGUUAGUUGAAAUUGAUUUACCUAUAGCUUCAGAAUAUGCACCUUGUUAAUGCAAUUGUUGUCCCUGUAAAAGGAUUUUUAACCAUUGACCAUGACUUUCAGAUAGUAGUGUAGAAUUAUUUAUUCAGUCACACAACAUUAAAAAUUCAGAAAAUAUUCUUAAAUAUAAGUUCUGUUUUCGCAACGCUUUUUUUGUCACAGCAUUAUUUUCACGUCAUCUACUCACCCCCAAAUUUUUUGCAUCAAGUCCUGGAACACUCUGUUUAGAUAUAUUUUCUUCAAUUUCUCAAACAUUUUGAUAUGUUUAUAUUUCUAAAUAUUCUUUUAUAUUCAAAUAACUAGAUAAAAUGAAUAUAGUUAACAAUUACCAAGAAAUUCUGGCACAUUUAUAAACCAACUUUGUUGGGACGCUUUUUCACAUGUUGAUGUAGUAAAAACUUCACAUUUCACUUUAUUUUUCUCUAACAAAAGAAAUAUAACUCUAAUAAGCACUCAACCGUGGUUUAAGAUAAAUAAUUGAUAUCAAAAAAAUAUACGAGUACACUAAAGUAUAACUUUUCAAAACAUUGUACUUUACAGAAUUUUUUUGCAAAAAAACUUGCUUCUUUGAAAGAUAUUUUUCGUUUUAUCCGUGAGAAAUUAAAAAAUAAAUUGAUUUGUGACAACAUGGCGCUGUCACGUGGUCAUUUUUUACAAAACAGCAGAAUAUCUACUUAAAAAUACUAAAUUAUUUAAUAUUUACAAAAAAUUAGUUGAAUUUAGUGCGGUACUUAGUAUGAUAUAUAGUCAUCCUUAAAUAAGGUUGUCCCAUUUUUGGAGAUAUAGAGGGUAAUUCUAAAUUAAUUCGACAAAAUUCGUGAUUGCUUGUAUAAUAUUAGGGUGGGUCUUUGCUAAGCCCACCCCAUUUCCGAGAUAUCACCCUUAAAAGGUGGUAACUAAAAUUGAGUUUUCAUCUUUUUUUAAAUUUUCGAUAAUGCUAGAAAUUUGAUAUACUGUAAUUUUCAUGCACUGGCAAAGGAUUAACUACAAGUAUUUUUUAAAAUAUUCAAAUAUUCCUGUAUUUAAGGGCGAUAUCUCGGAAAGGGUGAGAUAAGGAAAUUUUGUUAUAAGAAAGAGCCAUUUUACUUUGAUAUAAGCAAUCACCUGAAUUUAGAAAAACCCUGUAUGUUCUAACAACGUCUCUCUAAAAAUUUUUAAAACAUUUUCUGACACCAUUUACUUAAUACCAACAUUAUCUACUGUACUAUUAACUUAAAACUUUUAACUUGUUAUUUAUUAUAAAAAAGUAUUAGAAAAAAGCAGGUUGGUAUUUUCAUACUCUAUUGGUAUAAAGAAGUCAUAAUGCUAUCGACUUUAUAUUUAAUGGUAUAUUCGGUAGCCGUCGAAAUGUCUGGGGAAAUUCAUAAUCGUAUUGAAGAAUUACCACAAAAUUUUUCAAAUCAAAAAACUAUCAGUGACGACGAUUUAACAGACAAAGAAAAUAGAGAUGAAUCGAAAACACGAAUUCAGUCUUUAUCCUGUGAAAUCUGUAAAGUUAAGGUAACCAGUUCAAAAAUAUUUCAAAGGCAUCUUGAUGGAAGAAAACAUAAAUUAAGGGCGGAACGCCAAGGAAAGAUCUUUAAAUGUGAGCUUUGUGAUAUUAUAGCCAAUAGCGAAAUUCAAUUAGAAAUACACCUUCGAAGUGCACGACAUAAAGCGAAAUUACAUAAAAAGGAACAUCCUCAUUUUAGUUUAUUCGCUUCGUAUACUUCUAAGACAUCUAUUCUAAUGUUUUUCUGUUUUAUUUGUAUAAUUUUAAAUUUAUUCUUGUUAUUUAAAUAGAAUAUUUUAUUGUAAUUUAAAUCACCAGUUAUUCGUUGUGUAAAAGUAAAAAAAAUGUAAUAACUUGAAAGUUUUCUUUUGGUGUCGAGUGUUAUAUGUACCUAAAAUGUAUAUCCAUGCAUAUUUGUACUUUAUAUGAAAAAGAUUAUCGUAAAUAUGCAUACUUAUUAAAUGAAUGUAAUAAUGCUUUUAUAGCAUUUAAUACUGGAUAAUUAAAUGUUGAUAAACAUUAUUUACAUUACUUUAUUAUGUAGGUAUAUUAUAUAUGAUUUAGAACUUAUUAGAUCAUUAUACUAGUCUAAUAAUAGUUGUUUUAGAUAGAUAGAUACUAACUUUUGUAACACAUUAUGUUUCAGUUGACGUUUACAUAUUAUAUAAACUCUAUUUGUAUAAAACCGCAGUAGCUACUGUGAAUUUUUCCGUUUUUUCAUUACCUCUAUAUUACUUCACUACAUUUUUUGAUUAAUUGUAACUUGCUCACAAAAAAAAAUGAAAUAAAAUCAAAUUACGUAAUUAGAAAA